AUAAUACAAAGGCCAUGGUUAUUCUCAGUUUUUUGUUGCGAUGUCUACAUAAUUUUUGAAAAAAAUGACUAUCAAUCUACUGAACACGUUUCUACUUUUUGCUAUUUUAAUUAUUAUAACUAUAAAUUUAUCAUACUUUUGCUCUAAAGACGCGAAUCGAUAUUCAGUUAUUCAAGAUGAACGAUUUUCAAUAUUCAACUUAACAAGAAGUAUUUCUAACUGGACGCACACGUCAUCUUCUCCACUGAUUCCACCAUAUGUUCCAUUUCGAUCGACUUUUGUUACAUCUCCAAAAUAUAGUUUGGCUGCUUGUCGAAUACAAAAAAAUCUAUCAACAAUUCUACUCAAUCUUUUCUGCUUUCUAAAUACCCCAAGAAAGUUUUCGAAAACGGGAAAUUCAUUAACAGUGGAGUUUAGAAAUCAUAUAUCAGUGGAAACAUGUAACAAAACGCAUGCAAACCAUAUUGCCAUGAACACAACUUUCACCACAAAACUUGCUAUUAUUCGAGAUCCAGUGGAAAGGUUUCUUUCUGGGUUUGUUGAUAAAUGCAUACAUGAGGCAGAAAAGAAAGAUUACCGGUGCUAUGGCUGCAAUAAAGAUAUGGUAUGUGUUUUGAAAGAACAAUAUGAGAGGUUCAAGUUGAUUGCGGAGGGAAGACUACUUAGUUUUUCUUACGAGGAUCGGCAUUUUGCUCCCAUGUCUUGGUUUUGCGACUUUGACAGUGAAACGAUCAAAAACUACAGGUUUCUAUUUUUCGGGGAGACUGAGGAGAAACAAAGUCAGACGAUCCGUGAGCUGAUGAAUAUAUUUUCUGUUCAUGGAGUUGACAAUGGCACAAUUUCGCACAUUUUUCAGGAGUUAUCAGCGAAUCGAACAAAACAUAGCACCAGCGGAUCUGCCAUUCGAGAAAAAAUAGGAAAGGAAAUGCGUAGUGAUCCUGAAGCAAUGCGUCUUUUACAUUUGAUUUAUGAAAAUGAUUAUCGAAUUUUCAAAUUGCAGUCUCCUUUCAUUCAAAGUUAAUUUAUUUGUGAAUAUAAUAGUGAAAGCCGUUAUGAAUUUGCCAUGCCCCGAAAAUAAAAAUUUCUAUUGAUAA